AGAGUGAGUAAGUGAGUGAGAAAGAAAGAGAGAGGGUGAUAGAUUUGUUGUCGUUGGAUUUUAAAGUGACAUCGAUUUGUUUAUGCUUUUAUAGAAGACAGCAGUUCCUUUUUUUAAUUUAUCAUCAAACGGGUCAUUUAUAAAAAUAUGUGCGCAACAUGCAUUUAUUAAUCGAUAUGACAUCAUGAGUACAAAGUAUGUAACAAGGACUUCACCUUCCAAGGAAAUGGUGUUAGUAGGUGAGAUGGUGGAAGUUAUCGUAAAAAAACAAGAUAAGACAAAAAGAUCAGAAAAUACACCAAUUAAAUCAACUUCCAACAUCACUGGACAAAAGGGAUCAGUUGAAAAGAAAAAGUCUACUCCAGUCAGUUCUAGAAGACCUCAGAACUGGGGUCAGAUUUUUGGAAAUCAGAAUCUGUUAUACAUGAAACAAGUGCAGUCUUCCAAGUCUACCAAACAUACAGAAAAUAAAGAAGUAAAAAAAAGUUCAAAUGGUCAGGAAUUGCAGAAAAAUAGAUGUAAUCAUAACAGUAAAAACUCGGAUGCAGCUUCAUCGAAAAGGACAUCUUCUCAAAAGAAGGUGGAGGAACUCAAAACUUGCAUUAGUGGAAAAUCAUCCUCAUCUUCCACGAAUAACAUCCAGUCUGUACUUGUCCAGGAUCGAGCUGUACAAAUUCCUGAACUGAAUAAUGGUUUUUACAGAUUUGAUGAUUUUAAUCCGGUGCGUGCAUUAUGUUUCUUAAUGAAAGAAUUGGAAGAUUCAGUUGCAAAAGAUAAGAGGACCAUUGAAAUCUUUAACGAGAUGGAGCAGAUACUAUGCAGAAUACCUAUAAGCUUCUCUCCGCGAAUAUCGGCACUGGAAGAAUUGGACAUUAUGUCUAUACAAUCUAAACUGGAAAAGGAUAAAAUCAAAUUGCAGGAAUACAGCGAACAGAUGAAGGCAAAAUGUGAAUUAUGGAUGUCAGAACGAGAAAAGUUUCGUAGCAGCCAAAUACAAAAGCAAGAUGCGCGCUUAAAGGAAGCUGAUCAGCAGCAGACGCUUUUAGAGAACCACAUAAAAGCGCUUACGCAUCAACUGGAAGAGGCAGCAGAGAGUAAAGAUAAGACGGUGUCGACGCUGAAGCAGCAAAUCAAGGACGACGAGAAAGUGAUCUCAGAAUUGAGAACAGAACUCACUAAGCAAACGAAACUUGCGCGCGAGCGGUACAUUAAAAAUCAGUGCAUGAUAAUAGAAAAGGAAAAGCUCUCGGUAUUGUCUUCCUACAAGGAUACGCUUAACGUCGAGCUUCGAAAUACGAUAAAGUUGGUUCAUGUACCCUUCGUUGAUACAGUAGAAACUACCUCUUCGUCUUAUUACCGUGUUGCCUAUCUUUUAACACGUUACAGGGAGUUUCAGAAUCUCAUCGCGGAACAGUCGACCGCCUUGAAGGAGGAAUAUAUCAACGGUGGUGGCGGCGGCGGCGGCGGCGGCGUGAGUUCUCCACCUCCUCUCUCGCCUGUCAACACGGGACCCGCGUGCUCCUCACCCAAUUUGAGCUUCACCGAGGACGGCCAUGGUUUGUCGGACAUCUCCCUGUCGGUGGUGGAGCGCAUGCCUCAGGAACGCGUCCUAAAGGGAAACGCGGCUAGUAAAGACUCCGCCGCGCAUUUCGUCAGUCUAGCUAUCGGAGAAUCGUCGCACACUCUCAUACCCAAAUCUUUCCAAAAGCAAGGUGCGAACGAUGAAGAGAUGCUGGCACACCACUGCGACAAAAGCGACGUCGUCCUUCACCGCAACGCGAACAUGAACCACGGCAGGAAAUCGUCGCACCAGUCCUCGCGAAGAGACCACAACAGCGACAACGUGUCCAGUAAACCGAUAACUUGCGACAUGGAGAAGCAAAUCCAAAGUAAACUAGACGACACGCAACACAGGAUGUCCGUGGACGUGCCGAGUCCGCUGAGAGACUGCCCGCCACCCGAUUGGAGCGACAGUUUGUCCAGUGUGAAUACGACUUCCGAUUUAGACAUUGUGCCGUCAACCGAUAUUUAGAUCGCGCGUUACGUUACUCCAAGUUACCGAUCCCGCCCAUUGCCGUGUAUAGGAUUUGUAAGUGCCCGGCAGAGUGCUGUGAUAAGCUAUCGCGCGAAGUGAACGUUCCGCUGAAGGCGCUGAAGCUCGUGCUCGAAGAUAAGCGUUAUUUAAAUCGAAAUUGUCGAUGCUGAUUCACACCUCAGGGACGCGCAAUCGACGCGCAGUUUUGCAAAUGAAGAUUGUUACGCGUGUCGAGUCGCGACAGUCUUUUCUUUCUCUUUCUCUCUUUCUUUUUCAUCGACAGGUAUCCUUACGUCAGAGCACAAUAAUUCUAUAUUUCUCGCGGGAAGCAAGUCCCUGUCGGAGUGACGAGACGCUGCAGCGCACUCGUCUCUUCUUGCGU